AUGUUGCGGAGAUCUGUAGCGCCGUUGGCUCGUUGCGCUUUCCCGCGGUCUUUGCCUUCCAUCGUAUCGUCUCGCACUGCCCUUAAGCAGUUUCCGCGUGCAUUCAGUGGGGCGGAUCAGAGCCAGCGUCAUGUGAUUGCUGCACUGGUGGUUAACCAGCCUGGCUGCCUGGCUGAGAUCGCUAACCUCUUUGCUGCUCGAGGGUACAACAUUGACAGUCUGGUGGUGGGUCGUACGGAGGUCGAGGAGCUUUCCCGCAUGACAGUUGUCGUUAAUGGCACUGCUCAGAGUGUUGCCAACAUGAAAAAGCAGCUGGAAGACGUCGUUUUCGUGGCAGUGGUCAACAUCCUUAGUAGCGGCAAAAAUGCCGAAAAGAACUACGUCGAGCGCGAUUUGAUGCUGGCCAAGGUAUCAACGGUUGAGCCUGGAUCCCGUGCUGAGGCCGUCGAACUAGCCAACUUAUUUGAUGCUAAGGUCAUUGACGUGCGGCCACACCAGGUUAUGGUGCAGCUCGCUGGUACUCCUGGUCGUAUUGAGGCCUUUUUGGACCUGCUGAAGCCGUUGGGCAUCACAGAGAUCCAUCGCAGCGGUGUCAUUGCAAUGGCUCGCAGCACCAGUGUGGCUGACAACCUAGAUGGUCUUUCGACAUUUGAGGGAGCCACACGCACGCUUUUGGACGAUGCUGACGACGACGAGAUUGACGUUUCUCGCCUCCCCCCUGGAUAA